CCUUUACCAAACAUCAUCAAUUUCAAUAUCCAACACAACCUCGUCGACGCGACCCCGAAUACCUAAUCUCGUAACAACAACACUACAGAUCCCACUAAAUUGACCAUCGAAACAACUAAAACAGGAAAUAACUCUACAACACCUACAAUGGCCACGGCAGCUGCGCCGGCGCCUCCCUCCGAGCUCGCCAAGCAAAUCCUCGAACACAAAGCACCAAGCUACAACUUCAGUUUCUCCCCCUUCCUCCGGUCAACCUACGGCCACGGCUUCCCCCCGAACCGUCCCGUCUGCAAAGCUUUUAUCGCCGGCCACUGCCCGUUAGGCCCACAAUGUCCCGACCGACACGUCGCGCCCAACGCAGCCAGCAGUACAAACGCAAGCUACAACUCUUUAGUAUGCAAGCACUGGCUACGCGCUUUGUGCAAGAAGGGAGAUAGUUGCGAGUUCCUGCACGAGUACAACCUGCGUAAGAUGCCGGAGUGCAAUUUCUUCGUGCGCAACGGCUACUGCUCUAAUGGCGACGAGUGUCUUUACCUACAUAUCGAUCCACAGUCGAAAUUACCACCUUGUCCGCAUUAUGACCGGGGGUUCUGUCCUUUAGGCCCAAAUUGCAGUAAGAAACAUGUCCGCCGAAAGCUUUGCCCGUGUUAUCUCGCUGGCUUUUGCCCCGAUGGAAAGCUUUGUAAGGAGGGCGCGCAUCCUAGAUGGGAUAGGAAUCUUGAGAAACCUAUUGCCAAGGCCGAUGUUGUACCCGAGGAACCCGUGAGAAGAGAUGAUGGGUUUAUGGAUGAUGAUCAACGAGAAUUCGGACAACGAGAUAGGGACACUAGAGGUGGUCGGGGUGAUAGAUUCGGCGGUGGACGAGGUGGACGAUGGAGAGGAAGAGGAGAUAGGAAAUUUGGACGUGGGAGAGGUCAUCACUAGUGAAAUGCCCUAUCUUCAGAUGCUUACCGACAUAAGUAUAACCAUACUACUGCGGCCCUCCAUCGAAGAGCCGAUCAUGCAGAUGGUUGGAUGGAAUAAGGGUCUGUCUACACCAAUCGUAUCCUCGCGAACGUUGUACAAUCCCAGGAGUCGGCAAACUUGAUACUCCUCAGCCGCGAAAAGGGGAUGCUUUCGCUACGGAUACUGCCGAGUGCAGGAAGAAAUGAGUCUACGAUUUAGGAGCAAUACCUACGUUAGGAUAGGAAUCAUGAAAACAGGCGUUACCAUUUACAUGAAGCCAGAAAAGAGUUGCUCAAAUACGAUACCCUAGAUCCAGUGUACUACCAUUAGCAUCGCAAUUAAUAAAACAAAAAGUCAAUCAAAUC